CCCUCCAAAUCAUGUGAUUCAGGUGUUCCAAUCCCCUCUAUAUAUCAUGUGAUUCAGGUGCUCCAAUCCCCUCUAUAUCCAUGUGAUUCAGGUGUUCCAAUCCCCUCCAUAUCACAUGUGAUUUCAGGUGUUCCAAUCCCCUCCAUAUCAUGUGAAAUUCAGGUGCUCCAAUCACCCUCUAUAUCAACUGUGAUUCAGGUGUUCCAAUCCCCCUCCCCCAAUCAUGUGAUUCAGGUGCUCCAAUCCCCUCUAUAUAAUGUGAUUCAGUGUGUUCCAAUCCCCUCCAUAUCAUGUGAUUCAGGUGUUCCAAUCCCCUCCAUAUCAUGUGAAUUCAGGUGUUUCCAUAUCCCCUCCAAAUCAUGUGAUUCAGGUGUUCCAAUCCCCUCCAUAUCAUGUGAUUCAGGUGUUCACCAUCGCCUCCAUAUCAUGUGAUUCAGGUG